AUUUUCUUUAUUUUUGGUUAGUCGUGUGAUGACUGGUGCCUCUGCUAGGCCGCUGGUGCCCCUGGAAAGACUGUGAUACCUACCUACCCUGCCCCCUGACAAGCCUACGGUGGGCCCUGCACAUGACUUAGGUGCCCAUGGGCCCUGACAGGCCCGUGGUGCCCCUGACAGGCCUGUGGUGUCCUUGCUAGGCCUGUGGUGUCCCUGGGCCUUGGCAGGUCUGUGGUGCCCCUGGCGAGCCUGUGGUGCCCCUGUUAGAACGCAGGUGCCCUUGACAGGUUUGUGGUGCCCCUGACAAUCCUAAAGUGCCAACGACAGGCUUGUGGUGCCCUUGACAGGCCCAUGGUGAACUUGCGAGGCCGGUGGUUCCCCUGCAAAGCCGAUAGUGCCCCUGGCAGGCCUCUGGUGCCCCUGGCAGGUCUGUGGUGCCCCUGGAAGCCCUGUAGUACUUUUGCUAGGCCGAUGGUGCUCCUGACAGGCCUGUGGUGCCACUGACAGGCCCGUGGUGCCCCUGCUAGGCCUGUGUUCCCCUGGCGGGCCUGUGGUGCCCCUGUCGGCUGUCAGGCCUGUGGUGCUCCUGGCAGGCAUGUGGUGACCCCAGGCCCAAAGUCAUGACCCACGUGACCUCCCCCCUGGGAUUCGCCACUGAUUAGUACUGCGAUGGCUUCAUGGUAAUUUGAUACAUGUAGGAUUAAUGGAAUUUAUCAAACGAGAAUAAGGAAGAGACAAACACAUAGGUACUGGAGGAUCAGCUUAAAGUUAACCAUAAAUAUGGGGGUGAACUGCCAUUUUCGUUAAGUAAAAAAAAAAUCAUCGUGUCAGGGCUGUGACGAAAAAUAAGUGGCAUAAAUCCGAUGAGAAAACAGGAUUUGGGGGUACCCUAGGUUUGGCUCCUUGAGCUGGUGCCCCCCCCCCCUUGUCUCAAAUCGUUCCGCCGCCUAUGCAACGCAUCUCAUCAUUCGACUUCGAGCUUUGAUGUUUACAUUUGGCCCGUAAAUAGUUUCUGAGUGCCAAGUAUCGACCAAUAUCUAAAAAAUAUUGCCUAAAGAUAUUUCUAUGAACACUAGUACCGUUUCAUAAUAAGAUGCAAAUAGGCAAUCCACGUUUUCAGAUAAGUUAGCCCCAACCCAAGCCCAUCUAGUCUCACAUCACAAAUACCUAAAAAUCACCUUGGUAGCACUACAAAGAGCAGAAGUCCAUUCGGCCAUCAGACCUUGCCGUGUCACAGCGUUUCCUGUCACUACUCAUCAGCACUGCCACAGCUUCAAAUGGACUCGAAAUGGUCACCCAUCCAGACAGACUCGCCCACAAAAAGUGGUCAUUGACAGGAACAGGUACAUGAGCCCAUCCAGCUAACGACAAGGGCCGGCGACAGAAGCACUGUCAUGUGAGGUGCCCCUUCAAUUCAGGUAGUCGUCGCGGAGGUGGCACGCGGUGCACAGAACGGUUACCAAGGGUCAGGUCAGGUCAGGUCAGGUGGACGAUCGGAUGAGAUUCGGUAGUGGACGGUGUUGUCCGGUUUGAGGUCAGUGACAUCAGGAAAGUCUCCGGCUGGCUGUGAGCUGAGAAGUCCAGUUUUGGUCACCAACUCAACCCAGACCAGUCUCGAGACAGCCUUCUCUGGGCGCCCCACCAUGCGGGACCGGACCUCCCUCCCCCUCCUGUUGGCGGUGCUACUCUGCGUCUGUCCUACCCGCCCCUGGCGUGUGACCACCAGGUGGCUCCCAGACAGGACGGUCCGACUCGGCUGGCUGAUCCCCGCGCCACCUCCCACCGUGCACACCCGCGAAGGAGAGCUGCGCGGCCUGAUCGCUCACAGCGCCGACGGACAUCUAUUCUACAGCUUCCUGGGCAUCCCGUACGCGCGCGCGCCGGUCCGGUUCCGCUCACCGGAGCGCCAUCCCGGCUGGAGCGGCGUCAGGUCGGCCACCCGGCACGGCAGCAAGUGCGUGCAGUGGGUCCACGAUGACCUGGUGGGCUCUGAGGACUGUCUGUUCGCCAACGUCUACACGCGGCAGCUGCCGGCCUCCGGCGCGUCGGCCGGUCCGCGGCUGCCGGUGAUGGUAUUCAUACAUGGCGGGGGAUUUGUCGAGGGCCACGGCGACGGCGAGAACCACGGACCGAGGUACUUCAUGGACGAGGACGUGGUGCUGGUGACGUUCAACUACCGGCUCGGACCAUUCGGCUUCUUCACGACGCACGACGGCCACGCGCCGGGCAACUACGGGCUGCGCGACCAGGUGCUGCUGCUGCACUGGGUGCGGGACAACAUCGCCGCGUUCGGCGGCGACCCGCGCGCGGUGACCGUCUUCGGCAGCUCGGCCGGGGCGGCCAGCGUGUCGCUGAUGGUGCUCAGUCCGCUCACCAAGGGUCUGUUCCAUCACGCCAUCAGCCAGUCGGGCUCAGCGAUCUCCAGUUUCGCCGCCAGCGGCAGACGCAAGGGUCUGGCACGCCGAUUCGCUGCAGAGCUCGGCUGCGCAGGGUCGGACAGCGCCGCGUAUGUCGAGUGUGCCGUGGCCGCGUCCGCACGCGAGCUGAUGGAGGCGAGUCACCGGAUUCGGAUCGCCGAGAUCCAAACGGAAGGCCGCUUCCUUCCCCGCGUCGACCGGGAGUCUGUUCAGCCAGUCCUUCCUGAUGAUCCGAGAGCUCUUCUCCUCCGCGGCGAGUUCAACCUUGUCCCCUGGAUGGCCGGGCUUGUGGAAGAAGAGGGUGUCUUUUAUCUCUCAUCAAUUCCAGAAGAGGAAGACUUGCUCGAUGGACUAUACGCAGGAAACCUCACCCUGUGGAGCCUACUAGCGGACCUCACCACCCCAUCAGAGACCAGUAUCGUGGAAUGCGGCGCCGACCCGAUCAUGGAGACCCACAACAUCUACCACUUCCUCCUGUACAUGCUGCCGGCGGCCAGCCCCACUAACCCGCUGCCGUUCGCCAGACUGCUCUCCGACCGGCUGUUCGUCGCCAGCAGCUCGGAGGAGAUGCGGCUCGCCUCGCAGGUGGCUCCCGUCUACAAGUACCUGCUGGACCACCGCGGACCCGGCCGGCUGUACUACCACGCCCCGGUGCUGCCCGAGCUGGGCGUCACCCACUCGGACGAGCUGGCCUACAUGUUCAACAGGGAGGGCCGUCCGCUGGAGCCGGCUCACAGUCCAGCACGCACCAUGAUCCGCUUCAUCGUCUCGCUGUGGACCAGUUUCGCGCGCACGGGCCGGCCCAGCUCGGACGUGCGACCCAUGCCCGACUGGCCCGUGUACUCGGAGCAGCGCGAGCUGUACAUGCGGCUCAACUGGGAGCCCAGCGUCGACCGGAGGCUCUUCCCGGACCGGGUCGAUUUCUGGCAAACCGUGCGCAUCAACGAACCCUGGAGGCGUAUCGUGGAGGAAUGUGACUAGGCAGCUAUAUAAUAGCCAUUCUUAGCUCAAACCUGUGCUGCAGUGCUGUAAAACUCGUUUGUGUUCUUGAUAGAUUAGUUUAUCAUGCAGCGUUUGUAGAACCGCACAACGCUCAAGUCAGAUCAAACAGGUCACUCAGGGUAGAGUCAGGUUAGGGAGACGCGAAUCAAGGUGUGGUCGCCAGGUGUUGACACAUUCGCCAUCAACUCAUGAAUCGGCAUUUAAAUAAAACGCAAACUGGAAUACAUAAUAAGGAAUCUUU